UCUUCCAUUUGAAUUUCUUCGAAACUCCAUUCCUUUUUCUCCUCCACAGCUGCUGCUGCCAUUUGCCGGCAAUCGCCAUCCACCUGCCAGAGUUGUCCCCGCCGUUUAGUGCUGGUCUCAUAUUUGGCUAUUCGUGUUGAAUGUUGUUAUGUUGAACUGAACAUAUAUCCAUGCCUCCCUGUACAAGGUCCUCCUUGAAGGCAGCCAGACAUAAAGCUGGCAUUCUCAGUGAUAGUGUGCAGUCCAUUUCGGGCCAAAAUGACUUGAAACUCUGCAUUACAAAUUACUUCAAGGGAGCAUCAGGGAAGUAUAGUCAGAAAUCUGGCCAGGCACCUCUUUAUACUGAUGAUGAGCGUGAGCUGGAAAAUAAGAUGGCAAAACUUCAAAAAGGAAAGAGAGCAAUCCUGUUAGAUUCAACUGAUGAUCAUGUUGAGGUUGUGGCUCCAAAGAGGGGAAAAGCUAUGAAUAAGGGGAAGCUGAAAAGGGCUAAACGUACAAGGAAGUUUGGCAAUUCAAGCCCUGGGGAAGUAAAUACUCAGUCAUUUGAAAUUGACAGUAUUAGCUCCCACUUCAGUGAGAGGAAAGAGUCCAGCAUGUCUCCAUCAAUUGGUAUUCCUUCCCCUCCUGCCCCUACCGACGACAUGUAUCAGUUUUGGACAGCUUUGCAAGCGCUCGGAGCAUAUCUAGCGGCAGCAGAAGGGGAUUUGUUAGAGGAUGAAACGGAAGAUGUCUUUGUGCUAUGUUAUUGUGCCAUGUUAUUGUACUAUGUUUGGAUAUUAGAUGUCAAGCGCUGUGGCCCUGGUCCAAGGUAGACAUUUUGUCUGCAGUCACCAUGUCAUUGUACUAUGUUAUUGCAUAUGUUUGGAUAUCAGAUAUCAUGAUGCAUGGUUGGAUAUUGGAUUUUCUAAAGCUGUUUACGCGCCAAUGUCAGCUGAAGUAGUACUCGUGCUGAUGAACUUACGUGUUUGCAGUAUUGAUAGACUUCUUUGUUGGUAGCUUUUAGUUCGUGGCUGAGUUCCUUGGUUUUGGAUAAAUGAUGGCACAUAUAGAUGAUACGAAAUGGUGGCAAAUCUUUA